AUGAAUAUUAAAAAGUACCUCGGGCGUCCAGACGACCACCUGCGACCGGGCGCAGGCGUCGGCCUCGGGGUGAAAAGCGUGGAAAGCGCCGCGUUUUCAGUACCUCCCGUCUGUGUUAUCUCGAGGCCGCGACAGGCCGGGAAAUUCUCCGAGAGCGUUGACGACGCGACGCGGCAAGUUUCACCGGUUAUCGGCGCGUGUUUUUGUUCGCGAAGUGAUAGGAGGGCAGUUUUUGGCGAAUAUUGGGUUUUCCGGACUUGUAGGAUUUGGCUGGCAGCAGAAGCUGACGCAUUGUUGGACUUGAUUCAAAGGACAAAGCAGCCACCGGAAUAUCCACCCCUGAUGAAGACAUUCCUAAAGGUUUAAUUUCCCAUCCUCGCAACAAUUUACAACCGGC